AUGGAAAAGUCACUGUGUGUCAACAUCAGCAGUAGUUCAUCACAGCACGGAUGUCGAAGUCUUCAUACACUACUGUCUCACUCCUUCCCUUGGCUAUAUUCUGCAGGGCUUCCGUUUAACAGCAGUGCAGGUGUGUAUGUAAACUGGAACAACACCAGUUUGUGUGCCCAGACAGAGCUGCAAGCAGGGACUCGUGGCCUAAGAGCCAUAAUGGAGCAAAGUUUACACCUCACCAAAGAAACUACUGUACAAAUUCAGGUGAAUUGCAUAGAGGGAAUCAACAUGGACCACUUGCUGGGUGUAUGCUGUGGACAGAACCAGGAACACUCACUGAAGAUAUGUAUGGAAGUUGGAAUCGGGGCCAGUUUUUCAAACGAUCAGAGUUCAGUUUUCUCAUUUGAUCUUCAAGGUCACCACAAUACCUCCAGUAUUGGUCUAAUAGUGAACGUUUUCCACAACAUAUCUACUUUACAACCUUACCUGCCAUUUGAAUUUCACUCAAAAUCACAGUUCAGCCACUCGCAUUCCACAGUUAAGGGUACAGCAGAACUUCGGGUUGGCAUGACUGGUUUGGCUUUUGAAGGAGAGAUCUCAAGCACCAACUCUGGCUUUAAGCAAGCACUGGCAUUCAAUCACUCCAUGCCUCUGCUGCAGUCACUGCCCAGCACUAUGACAGUGAGGACACUGUAUGGUGGAAAGAAAGGGUCUCACUCUUUAACACACCAAACACAGUGGGAGAAUCAGGAGUUAAAACAAGCCACCCUCUCGGCUGAUGCUUCACAGCACAGUUAUCUACAAAUGAUAGGAGAAGCUCAGGGUUGGGGGUUGAAUUUUAGAGUAGAAAAUGAAACUCUGAGAAAACUCUGUGAUCUGAGUAUUUACUGGAAUUUGUUUGGAAACCAAGAGCAGGUCAGAGCUCAAGGCUCUUGGACUUUAAUGAGCAGAAAGACUGAGGCUUCAUUUCAGCAGAAACAACCCUUUACUUCAACAAUGUCUCACUUUCACAUACAUACUCUCUCACACAGACCAGCCCACGGACACAGCCGCAACAACCAGGCCCAUGUUUCUUGGAACCACAUGAAGCCUAUAAACAUUUCUCUAACAAUGAGCAAACACUGGUAUGAUGACUCCAGCAGAGGGCAGGCCUGUGUCUUUCUCUCACCAGGCCAGAUACAGUCAUUGCUCCCCCUAGUGGAGAUGGAGGGCUGUGUUGCUGCAUCUCGGGAGGGGAAGGCCUACUCCCAAAACACAGAGCUCAAGUGGAAGGACAAGAGAAUCAUACAAAGCAUGAAAUACCAGGGAGGGGUGAAAGGAAUGCACACACUCCUUGUGGAGCUGGGAGCCCAGAAUGUCUCUCCAUCUCCCUGUCCUUCUCACACUCUUCUGACCCAAAUACACACCAACCUGAGGGACCGUAUGGAGCACCAUACGGCCAUAGGCCUUUGUCCUUCACAGCCUGCUUUAAUUUGGUCUGGAUCUCACAGAGUGAACUCAGGCAAGGAGAUUUUGUACACUCAAACCCAUCUGUCUGUGUCUGGACAACCUCAGAACAACACAUUCACACUGUCCCUCAGAAAUAUCAGCAGCAGUCAACGCUCAAACUACUCACUCCUAACUGAGUGGCAGGUAGGAAACUGGAGUGUGGAGCUGGCAUGCAGUUCCCUGUCUUCUGGAAGGAAAGUGGGGGUGCAAGUUCACGCAAGGCUAGACCGCAGUGAGAUGCUCUGGCUUCAGGGGGCACUUGGGAAACGCUGUCUGCAUGCUGCUACUGGUUAUGAAAAUGAAACAUCUGAUGAAAUCAGAGUGGCUCUCUGUUUGGAGGGGCAUCAUUGGUUGGAUGUGGAGGUUCAGAAAGGAGGGCGUGGCAUUGAGAACGAGACCCUUACCCAUAUUUCUGUAGGAGUAGUCAAUCAGAGUCUUCUAUUUCAAGCUCAAGGAUGCAGGGAAUGCCUGUUGGCCACAGAGGCACGCCUUCAGCAGCUGGGGUCUUGUGUAAGGAUUAAACUGCUGGACAGGGUUCAGAGACUUCAAAAUCUUCUGUUAUCAUUUAGAAGACAGGCAGAGGACAGCAUGUUCCUGCAGGAGCUAAGUGAGGGGCCAUUGUCUCUGAUCCAGCAAGCCGAGACCCUGCUGCUGCAGAGAGCAGGAGCUCUGUGGAAUGCGUGGACCACCGGCCCGCUUCGAAGCACACUCACACUCAGCCUACCUGAUACACUCCAGCACCUGCAUCUCAUGUCCCUACAGGUCCAACAAGAGCUCAGAAAGCCUCUGGCCACUCUAGCUGAAGCAUACCAUGACGUGACAGGGGAAAGUUUGGACUCAGUGUGGCAGCAAGGAAUGCAGCUGUGGACCACAGAAAUGACCGAGCUUUUGCCUGCGGUACUGCAUGAUCACCACCUGACGGUCCCAUCACUGACAACUUUGCAGAUUGCGAUCUUUGCAUUGGACAUGGUGAGCCAGCAGACCUUGCAGUGGAUGGAGGCCAGAUUGGCUGCCAUGCUGGUUGGAGUAAGAAGGCAGCUUGCACUUAUGUACAAGUUCUCCAAAAGUGAGGUGAUGUUCAGAGUGCCUCUUCCUAUGGGCCCCUGGCUGAAGGUGAAGAAAGCAGGUGUGACUGAAGUGCUCCUGGAGGAGUUUGUCCUGAAACCUCUUCUGGCCUUAAACUCUGUGAGCCCCACUGCAGAGCUCUAUCGACUGAAGAGAAAGAUAAUGGACAGUCCUGUUAACCAUCAGGCAUUUCUCGUGGCAGAUGAGUAUUUAGUGUCAUUUGAUGGAAACCUUUUAAAACUCCCAGCAUCCUGUGACUUCGUCCUUGCAGCUGAUGUCACUGAGAAAACCUUCAGCAUUGUUUUAAAAUCCCACAGGUUCCAGCAUCGCUCACUCAUGGUGCAAAUGCAAAACACAGUGAUUGCAAUUCACCCUAAUGGAGAGGUGGAAGUUAAUUGCCAUGUAGCACAUGCACCAUACACUAGCAGCGAAGUGGCUAUCAGGAAGUAUAUGAACUCGAUUGAGGUGUCCAAUGAGAGAGGAGUUUGGGUAUCAUGUGACCAUCUACAAGUUUGCAGUGUAAUCUUAGAUGGAUGGCUUCAUGGUGUAUCUGCUGGUCUUUUAGGAACCAAUGAUAAUGAGGCAAUUAAUGAGCUUCCUCUGCCAGAUGGCUCCCAUACACACAGCGUGCCUCACUUUACUCAUAGCUGGCAGGUCGAUUCAGAGUGUGUCAGCAGGAAAGCUGGAUUCUGUCAGAACAACACUGCCGACUCAAUGUCAUGUGAAUUUCUGUUCACCUCAACAAAUUCUCCUCUGAGCACCUGUUUCAGAGUGGUGGACCCUUUGCAGUUCAUGUCGGUAUGUGAAGAAUUGGAAUGUGAACGUGGCGAACAUGCAGUUUCUAGACCAGCCCCUUGCACACUGGCCUCUGCCUAUAUCCAUCUAUGCCAUAGAAACUAUGUUCCACUGGAGCUGCCCGUUCAUUGCGUGUAACGGUGGUGUUCGGUUUUCUGUCUUUACGCUGAUUCCAGUGUUGAUAGGAAGUGUCACAUUGCCUGUUUUAUAUGAAUAAAACAUGUACAAAAUCUGUUAUUACUACUACUUUUAUUAU